AUGGCGACAAGUGUGAAAGUUCCCGCUAACUUCAAUGCCGAGAGCGACGCCAACAUUCUUAAGAAGGCAAUGAAAGGUCUAGGCACUGACGAGGAGAGCAUAAUAAACAUCCUGGGACAUCGUUCUAAUGCACAACGACAGGAAAUAAAGAAAGUAUACCACACUUUGUUCGGAAAGGCUCUUGUGAAGGAAUUGAAAAGCGAGUUAGGAGGAAACUUUGAAAACGUCAUUCUGGCUUUGAUGGUACCACCGGCAGAAUACGACGCUGAUGAGCUUAAACGAGCGAUGAAGGGCAUUGGUACAGACGAAGAUAGAUUAAUAGAAAUUUUGUGCAGUCGUACAAAUGAUGAACUUCGCGCCAUAAACAGAGCGUAUGAAUCAAAAUACAAGACGGUCUUAGAAAAAGACAUUAAAAGUGAAACCUCGGGGGAUUUUAAAAGACUAUUGGUCUCCCUGUUAACUUGUGGUCGUCAGGAAAACAACAAUAUAGACCUGCAAAAAGCUGAAACUGAUGCCAAGAGAUUAUAUGAGGCUGGAGAGAAUAUGUGGGGUACAGACGAGGCAGUCUUUAAUUCCAUAUUAGUCCUACAAAGUUAUCCACAACUCAGGGCUGUGUUCGAUAUGUAUUCCAACAUAGCGAAGAAAGACAUAGAGGACUCUAUCAAGAGUGAAAUGUCAGGAGAUUUAAAGGCGGGAAUGUUGGCAGUAGUCAGGAUUGUCAAAAAUAAAGCAGCAUUUUUUGCGAAAAAGCUUUACGAUUCCAUGAAGGGGUUAGGAACUGAUGAUGAUGACCUGAUCAGAAUAAUUGUGUCAAGGUCAGAAAAAGAUAUGGAUGAAAUCAAAAAAGAGUUUCAGAGGCUGUACGGCAAAACUCUGGAGGACUUCAUCAAGGGUGAUACGUCUGGAGAUUAUAAAAAUAUUCUGCUGGCACUUAUUUCCUAAGUUAAAACGCCUGCAAUCUGGGGAUCAGCAAACAAGGAAGAAUUAAAACAUCCAUAUGUUUAUAUAAAUUACAAUUUUUCAAUGCUUUCCACUGAUUCGAUUUUUAUUUCAAAUUGUAGUUUCUAUAACGGUUAGUCCUAUUUAAUAAAGAUGUAAAUCUAAUAAAUUAAAAUUUUCUUUCUACUAAAAAAUGUACCAACUAAGAAGUGAAA